AUGUCGAGCCGUUCCGACGAUUCGUUGGAUUUGCUUUUUCACUACGAGCCGAGACGUAUAGACGCCGAGGCGAGAGGCACGGUGGAAUCCUCCGAGGCGUCUGCUUCGCCGAGCCCCUCCAAUCAUUCAUCUGACGAAGCGUCAAACCACGAAAACCCAUCAGAUGUCGGCUCUCCGGAUGGCGAGCCGUCGGUUUCGACGAGCCGUCCCCAGGAUCCCGUUCCUAACGAUGUCAUUAACCGCGCUGCGCUCAAGGCCGUGGAGGAGGCAUUUCCCUUUGACCUUUUUGAGGCGAAGCUUGAAUUGGAACGCCUCAUGGCGUCCCGGGGCGCUUCCACAUCUGGGCGAGGGCCGAGAGUUAAGAGACAAAAACCUGAUCCGCCCGGAUCUACACUCUGCUCCCUUGAGUCGCUCGAGGCGUUGAGGCAUCGCUUCGGAAUAUCCAAGGCGGUGGAGUUCGUUGUUCCAGAGAAGAGCGACCGAGCCGACAACCCUCCAGAGAAUCAUUUCACUCUGUACGAGGCGUUCUUCGAGCUUUGCUUCCUCUGGUUCCCGAUCCCCGGAGUGAUCCUCGAAUACAUUUGGAAACACGGGAUCUCGAUUGGGCAGAUUAUGCUGAGGGGAUUACGGCAUAUGAUCGGCAUUUUAGUACGAAGCUUCGAAUGCGGUCUCGACAUCGAGCUGAAUCACCUGCUGAACUUGCUGGAAAUCAGGACAGCUCCAAAAGGAAAUAGGUUCUAUAUUUCCAACAAGACGAAGCGACGGAUCAUUGGCGGUUUCCCCAGCAAGGAUCAGUUUUGGACUGAACGCUUCUUCUACGUCUUGGUGAACGAGGCGUCGGUCGGCGAAGAUUACAUUCACCGAAUCAAGACAGUUUGGGGACCACUUGGUAGCCGACCCGAAGCUUUGCCUCGGCUCGUUCGGUGCUAUCUUCCCCCGAUUCCCGACGACCUUUUUACUGUUCGAGAUUCUCUUUCGGCGCGGAAUGUUAAUUGGAGAAAGAACUUCUCCCUUGAAAGAGUAGAGAAAGCGCGGGCCAUCCUUGCCGGAGUCCCUGUUAGCUCUUCAUCCUCCAGUUCUUCAAGGGAUACUCGAGAGAAGAUGGUGAUAAUCGCUCUUAGGGAGAGGAAGAGGCGUGAGGCGGAAGAGGCCGCGAGACGAACUGCCGAGGCGGCUCAGGCGCAGACCGAGGCGGUCCCAGCGCAUACCGAGGCCAUUCCUCAAUCCGACCCGCCGAGCCGGGAAGGAGAUGAAACGACCCGAGCCGCAGAAGACUGCACAGCCGAAGUGGUCGAGAGAAAUGCGGCGCCCGAGGUGGAACCGGUCGACAAGGCUCCGACUUCCGUCGUUCAGAAACAUGACCCGAGCCGAAAACGUUCGGCUGUUGAUAAAGGGAAAGGGGUCGCUGUUCAGAGGGACGAGCCGUCCAAGAAGAGGCGGAAGCCGACGCCCGGGGACUCCGCCGCGCGCAAGUUGGUCGUUGACGACCCUGACGCCUCCGCCAUCAUGUUCUCGCGUGUAAAUAACGCGAACACGCGUCUUCCUCCUCCAGAGAAGUUGAGGAGGCCGAGGUCUUACGGCGCAAUGGCGCAGCGCGGGACCAAGUUUGUCGCGGCCAUUAACGACCUAAUGGCCGAGUAUGAAGCGGACCUGUCUAAGGUCGAACAUCGUUUGGCCGAGGCCAAAACUGAGUCCGCAGCGUCAAAGACGAAGCUAGAAGAGGCUCAGACCGAAACCGCGGCGGCAAAGGGGAAACUGGACGAGACGAUGACCAGGGUGUCCAGGCUGGAAGAGGAGAAGAUCGUUCUGCGCGCCAACGUUGAUAAGGUCUCCGCCUCGGUCAUUCGCCUCGAGGAGGCGAGGAGAGCCAAAAGCGCCGAGGUGGCGAUGCUGAAGAGGCGUAUCAAAGCCAAGGACGCCUUAUUCGACGCCAAGGUCAAGAGGGCGAAAAAGGAGGCGAGGCGAGAGCUUACGGCGAAGUUUCAGGAGCGCCUCGCCAAGGUGGAAGAGGGUUUGGUCAGGCUUGAGAAAGCCAAAAAUGAUGAGAACGAUCUGGGACAGAUCAAGGGCAAUCUUGCGAUGAUUGCCGACCUGAAGAAGCCGAACGCCCCGACGCUUGACGACGAGGAGGUGAAGCUGAAAAGCUGGGAAAGCGAGUAUGCCAAUGACGAGGCGUACGAGCGUAUUGCUUCCGAGAUUCGGGGCGAGCUGUAUUUCUCUCUCGUAUCGCCGGAUUUGGUCGACACCUCCCUCGGAAACGAGCCGCUCGAAGAGACAGCGGCCAACUUAGGCGUGGAAGAUCCGAACGGAUCAAAUGCGGGCACGCCAUUCCUCUCGAACCUCCUCGCCGAUCAUGAGACGCAGUCUGCGGCCUGA